CCCAGCCAAUGGAAAUCCGGAGGGGCGGGCCGUGUCUGAAGUCGCCCGCAUCUUUGUUGCUGUUUCCUGAGGCCGGCGGAACAUGAACGGAUUAAAAGAGGGAGAGCAGAGGAGUAAGGAGGAGGCUGGGCGUUUGGAUAGUAUUGGGCCUGCUGGCUGUAAAGAACCGGGCCAGCAGCCGAACGGCACGCCCGUGUCUGUGAAACAGGAGGCGCCGGAGCCGGAGGAACUGGGGUGGAACGGCACCGUGACGGAUCGGUGGCACCCUGAGCCGGCCGCGGCUCCUGACCGCCUGCCGAUCACGGGCGCCAGGGGGCGGGCCGAGACGCCGCGGGCAGAUUCGGGGUCAAGCGGCCCGGCUGAGGCCGAGCUCGGUGUGUCCGUGUCCGAGGGGGAGCCGGGCGACGACUCGGAUUCUGGGGCCGAGUCCUCGGACGCCGCGGAGAACGUCUCGGACCUGAGGCUCGUCCUCGUCAAGGAGGAAGAGAGGGGGGACGCCCCCGAGCCCGGCGGGGAGGGCCGGGGGUCAGAGGCUGAGCCGCGGGCCGCGCGCCGGACGCACCCCUGCCAGGACUGCGGCAAGGAGUACCUGCGGUCGGGGGCGCUGGCCGUCCACAGGCGCACCCACACCGGGGAGAAGCCCUACUGCUGCCCCGUCUGCGGCCGGGCCUUCGCCCGCUCCGGAGACCUCACCGCGCACCGCCGCAGGCACACGGGGGAGAAGCCCUACUCCUGCGCCCGCUGCCCCAAGACCUUCAGCCAGCUGGGCACCCUGCAGAAGCACCAGAAGGUGCACGAGGAGAAGCGCUACGCGUGCGAGGCCUGCGGGGAGGCCUUCGACCAGCGCGGCCAGCUGAAGGAGCACCUGGAGGCCCGGCACGGCGGCAGGGAGUACCCUUGCGGGGAGUGCGCCGCCGUCUUCCCGCACCCCACCAACCUGAGGCGGCACCAGAAGAACGCCCACAGCCCCGAGGCGAAGCCCCACGGCUGCCCGGACUGCGGCAAGACCUUCCGGCAGCUGAGCGACCUGAAGAAGCACCGGCGCGUGCACACGGGCGAGAAGCCCUACGCCUGCGGCGAGUGCGGGAAGAGCUUCUGCUGGCUGGAGACGCUGAAGCAGCACCGGCGCACGCACACAGGCGAGACGCCCUUCGAGUGCGCCCACUGCGGCAAGAGCUUCUCCCAGCUGGGCCACCUGCGGCAGCACGAGCUCAUCCACUCCGACCAGCGGCCGCACCCCUGCGGCGAGUGCCCCAAGCGCUUCCGCCUGCUGAGCGACCUGAAGAAGCACCUGCGGGUGCACAGCGGCGAGAGGCCCUACCGCUGCCCCCACUGCCCCAAGAGCUUCACCCAGAACGGGGGCCUGAGGCAGCACCAGCGGGCCGCCCACUCCGGGGAGAGGCCCUACAUCUGCAAGGAGUGCGGGCGGACCUUCAACAUCCUGGGGGACCUGAGGAGACACUUCAAGGGCCAGCACGCCGCGGGGCAGGCUGCGAGCUGAGCCCCCCCACCGAGAGACACGAGUCACGGGUCUCCCUCGCUUGUCGGUUGUUUUCUCCUCGAUGUUCUGAGCUGGACACCCGCUGGAAGUCCUGUCCUCAUCAGCCCCGCUUGGGAGGCCUGUGAAAUAACGGGGAAGGCUCCUUCGGUCCAGGCCGUUCGAACGCAUCUUGUUAGCGGGGCUGGAAGUGUCCCAGCCAAGCAGCAGAACUCGGGUGGCAUUUUAAAACAAUGUCUUUGUUGAUUUACAAAGCUGAAUGAAUCAAAUGGGUGAUGUUUUAAUUGAUACACUGGACAUGUAGUGACUCGUGAAACGACACAAAGAACCACUGGAAAGACACGAGACUGAAAUGCAAGUCUAGAAACGUUUUGAAACUGUUUUUAUUCACAUUGAUUAGCAAGGCAGAGGGUCUGCUGACAUCAGUAAGACAGAAGGAAAGGUUACAAGUGACAAGAGGCUGUUUGGCCCAUCUAACUCGAAUGGAUGCUGGUGGUGAAUCGAUCCGAUCUGUGACUGCGUGUUUGUGUUGUCAAGGAGAUCGCCGGGGAAGGAUACAGGAGAGGAGGCCGGGCUGUGCGGGGAUCCCACCUGUGGGCGUUGGCGUCCGUCUGCCUCAGUAGGCGGGGAGGCUCGCUCGCUGGCUCAUGCAGAAGUCGGGGCUCAGGCUCUCGAUGGUGCAGUCGGACGUGUCCAUCGUGCACAGGCUGCAGUCGCAGCUCAGGGCCACCGGGUAGGUCACGUGGGGGUCCACGCCAGGGGCGCAGCCCGGCAGCCGGAUGGUCUCGUACUUGACGUCCCGGUACGUGCAGACGUGCUGGUAGAUCAUGGCCAGGGGGCUCUUGUAGACGGGCUCCUGGAAGGCAGGCAGGUGAGGAUCAUGAGUGUACCCACGCGAAUCGGGACAGGCCUUUAUAAACCCGCCGUGUGGUUGUGAUGUUGAUUUUUUUUUCUGGUGGAAAAACAAGUUUCACACUGGUUGCAGACAACAGCCAGGUCUCCUGUAGUUAGAAAGGGUCAUAAUAUUGAGGUUUUCGAAAAUUCCGUAUUCAGAUCCCAUGCCAAGUUUGAGUUAGAGAUGCAGUUUUGGAACCACGCUUUGAUAACACUGCAUAUGUGUGGCCUUUAGAUUUAAGCUUUACCCCGAGCAUCUCAGAAUUGCAAUGACACAAUUCUUCCAAUGAAUGCUGACCUCGCCUGCAGUCAUGACAUGGAUGUUGCCUUUUGUUCUGCCAGGUAUGAAUUUCUACUGCUGUUCAUGCUGCUUAUGUGACUGAAUUCAUAGCUACAAUGAGACCUCACUCACAGUUAGCUUCUUGCAUGCAGACUGAACCUUCUUACACUUCCCUAAGACAAGACCGAGCUUCUGCUCUUACCCUGCCUUUGAAAAGCUGCUGAGUUUGCUGUUGUUGUCAAAGGUAUUGAAAUCAGACCUUGAUGGAAGAAGCCUUGGUUUUACUUCUGACCUUGUGUCAUUUGAAGAUCACAAGGUUGUAUUUUUUCCACCUGCACAACAUUGUUCUGAUGUUGAAAUAUUGAUAAAGUCUCUUAUUUUGUCACGAUUUAACUGCUGCAAUGCCUUACUAACUGAGGUAUCCUCACAGGUAUGAAACGGGCUUCAGUAUUUCCAGAAUACCGAAGCUCAUGCUAACUGGAAGUACUCUGCAUCAGCAGAUUACUCCCAUCCUCUGUAAAUUGCACUGGCUGCCUGUAAAAUUCAGAAUUGACUUUGAAGCUCUCCUGCUCGUGCAUAAGACACCGGUGUCCUGUCUUCUAACAUGGGUGCAAAGCAGGCUCCACACAGUGGGUGGUAGAGCCUUCUCUUGUGAAGCUCCAUGUUAUAAGUAUAAAUAAGGAAAUUUCCUUGUACAUCUUUUUACUGUAGGCUUUGAGGUUCGUAUAAUUUACUUUUCAUGUUGAUUUCACUGGGUCAAUUUGCUGUACCUUUUUCUCUUUUACUUUUGCUAUGUGUACUAUGUGUGGCGGGUGUUUUGAAAAGCGCUCAUUAAUAAAAUUAUUAUUAUUUUAUUGUAAAGUUUACUUUUCAACAUGUUAAAAACAAGCUUAAGUUUCCUGUGUUUGACGAUGCAAGCAUCAUCAAAAUGAAUAAUAGACAAUCUCUCAUGUUCCAUUUACUGUCACAGUGCUGUUUUCACUCAAGAAUCUAUUCAAAUUGUUCCGGAUGACAGACUCGUUCAGCUGCCUGCGCUGUGACAGCGUACUUCCUCACAUCGUUUGUGCAGAUCAGUCUGUCACCCCUCGUGCCUGAGAACCCCCCUUUCUGUCGGUUUUUGUCAUGUAUGAGCCUUCUGUCAAUUAAUAAUAACAAGAUUGCUAAUAAAUUCCAUGCAAUUGUG